AAAUUAAUUGCUCUUCUCCAAACCAGGGUUGGAAUCUUGUGUAGUGUGACUUCAUGUUGAGUCCCAGCCUCUGGGUGCUUCCCAAGUUCAGCAGCUACCCUUUCCUCCUCAGGGAGCAGCAGUGCCACCUUAUCAGCACUGUGCUCAGUUGCCAGCCCAUUUCAUCUGCCCUCUGCUUGUAAUUGUUAGCUUCCUGAGAACAGGAAAACUCUGUUUAGCACAGGUAGAGCUUUAACUGUGAGACACUCCUGAAAAGCCAAGACACAGGAGUAGAGAGAGGUGUUGCAGAUUGUUUUGGUCAUUUCUUUUCCCUGUCUUUGUAUUUAGGCUCCCUUUGCCUUAUUUCAUCAUGCAGUUCCGGUCUUUUUGUUAAAAUUUUGGAGUUUUAGCUGUCAUUUGUCUGAGUGCUCUCUUAUGCAAAAGAUUUACUUGGAAAUUUAUGUACUCCCACAAAUUAAGCAUUCACUUAGCCCUCAGCAAGGCACGCUUAGGCUUGCCUGCAACCUUAGAACACUACAGAGAAAGGUUAUCAUGACUUACCUGCCACAAAUUAUCUAUUAAUAGCACCACUUAUGUACCUUUUUUUUUACCCUUCAUGACAUGCUUUCCCUAGAUCUCCCUCUUAGCAAGUUUUCAUUUUCUUGAGUGCUUUGUUUUCCCUGUGGAGAGCAGGGCAGGUAGGAGAAGAGCGACCUUUCCAGCGCCGGCUCUGCCCCCGUGGCCCCGGCACUGCCUUCUCCCACAGAUGUUUGCCAGGAGGGUGGGACACGGGCUGCUCCCAGCCUGGUAAAACAUUGACCAGCGGGCAGACGAGGCUGGAAGCGCAGAGCUGCCCAGGCAGGCAGGCAGCGAGAGCCCGGCGGUAGCCAGUGCCCACGGGAACGCAGCAGCUUCUCCCCAGAGCCAAUUGAAGAAGCAUAUUUUGAGACAAUAUGCUGACUUUCCUCUUUCUGUUGCAGUGAAUGAAAUUAUCAGGUUUUAUCACGCUGUGAAUGAGUUUGACACCAUGACCGCUGAGGAUUCUACUGCAAGGAUGAGCAAUGAUUCCACCAAUGUGGCCACCACAAAAGUCCCUGAAGGUGUUGCCGGUGCACCCAACGAGGCAGCUCUGCUGGCCCUCAUGGCUCGCACUGGAUACAGUAUGAUCCAGGAGAACGGGCAACGCAAGUACGGAGGCCCUCCUCCCGGCUGGGAGGGCCUGCACCCUCCUCGUGGCUGCGAAGUCUUUGUGGGCAAAAUCCCCCGCGACGUCUAUGAAGAUGAGCUCGUCCCCGUCUUCGAGUCUGUCGGCCGCAUCUACGAGAUGCGCUUGAUGAUGGACUUUGAUGGCAAGAACCGUGGCUACGCCUUCGUGAUGUACACACAGAAGCACGAGGCGAAGCGCGCCGUCAGGGAGCUGAACAACUAUGAAAUCCGUCCCGGCAGGCUGCUGGGUGUCUGCUGCAGCGUGGAUAACUGCCGGCUCUUCAUCGGAGGCAUUCCCAAGAUGAAGAAGAGAGAGGAGAUCCUGGAAGAGAUUGCCAAGGUGACAGAAGGCGUGCUGGAUGUCAUCGUGUAUGCCAGCGCCGCAGACAAAAUGAAGAACAGAGGCUUUGCCUUUGUGGAGUAUGAGAGCCAUCGAGCAGCAGCCAUGGCCAGGAGAAAACUCAUGCCAGGAAGGAUCCAGCUGUGGGGACAUCAAAUUGCUGUUGACUGGGCUGAACCAGAGAUAGACGUGGAUGAAGAUGUCAUGGAGACUGUUAAAAUCUUAUAUGUGAGAAAUUUAAUGAUUGAGACCACAGAGGACACCAUUAAAAAGGUGUUUGGUCAGUUUAACCCCGGCUGUGUAGAGAGAGUGAAAAAAAUACGUGAUUAUGCCUUUGUUCACUUUACAACCAGGGAAGAUGCCAUCCAUGCCAUGAACAACCUUAAUGGUGUUGAACUAGAGGGCUCAUGCCUGGAGGUUACCUUGGCCAAGCCGGUAGACAAGGAGCAAUACACUCGUUACCAGAAAGCAGCAAAAGGAGGGGCUGCAGCAACCUCUGAAGUAACGCAGCAACCUAACUAUGUUUACUCUUGUGAUCCAUACACACUAGCAUACUAUGGAUAUCCAUACAAUGCCUUGAUCGGGCCCAACAGAGAUUACUUUGUGAAAGCAGGCAGCAUACGAGGCAGAGGGCGAGGUGCUGCUGGCAACAGAGCUCCGGGUCCCAGGGGCUCCUACCUGGGGGGAUACUCCGCCGGCCGUGGAAUCUACAGCAGGUACCAUGAAGGCAAAGGAAAACAGCAAGAGAAAGGAUUUGAACUGGUUCCCAACUUGGAGUUACCUGCAGUCAACCCAGUGGCCAUUAAGCCUGGUGCAGUGGCCAUCCCUGCCAUUGGUGCCCAGUACUCCAUGUUUCAGGCCGCACCACCAGCCAAGAUGAUGGAAGAUGGCAAAAUUCACACUGUUGAGCACAUCAUCAACCCUAUAGCUGUCCAGCAGGACCCAGCCAGUGCAGCAGCUGCCGCAGCAGCUGCAGCCGCAGCUGUAAUACCAGCUGUCUCAACACCUCCUCCCUUCCAGGGUCGCCCCAUCACACCGGUGUACACCAUGACUCCCAACGUGCAGCGGAUCCCUGCCGCUGGGAUUUACGGGACAAGUUAUGUGCCAUUUGCAGCGCCUGCCGCGGCCACAGCAACGAUAGCCACGCUACAGAAGAACGCGGCCGCUGCCGCCGCCGCCUACGGGGGAUACGCUGGCUACAUCCCCCCGGCAUUCCCAGCCGCCACCAUCCAGGUGCCCAUCCACGACGUCUACCAGACGUACUGAAACUGUCGGCAGAGGAGGGUGGUGGAGAAACACACACUGAAGGAACACUUUACUAUUUAUGAAGAAAGAACUGUCUGCGAAAGAGUAAACAUUUGGGCUUGGUAAAACAAUGCAGAAAGUGAAGAAUGUCAUAGAAAAACAUGUUUGAAAUAUUUUCUAUGCUUGAAGUUUUCACUAACUUUUUUUAGGCUAUUUUUAAAAAUUUAACAUGCCUGUAUUCAUACAUUUCCAAAGGACCUCGGUGCAUCCAGCCCACCACUGACAUGCAUUUAUAUGCACUGCAGUAGGGUUGCAUAGGGUCUUUUUUUUUUUUUUUAGCAGUUAUAUUUUCAAUAUAUUUGUGGUAUGAAGGUUAUUUUUUAGUAAUUUCUGCACUCCAGAGAUGUCUAUUUUGUAGUGCCUUUAAUAAUAUAUCAGCUAUAUAUUAAAAAGCACACCUGAGCAGCUAGGGAAAGUUUUAACAAUAUAUUUUGAAGAGUAUAUUCAAUAUUUAAAGAAUACAUACCUUAGUUGUUUUGUUUUAUUUUGUUUUGUUUUUUAAGAAGAAAACAACAAGUAUCUUAUUUAAAAAUUAUACUGGAAAGUGCAAUUUGAAAAAUGUGCAAGACCUCUGCAUUUUUUGCUGGCAUUAAUACAAUCUGCUCAUUCUCAUUUGAAAUCACAAGUAAUAUUGCCUGUUUGGGAGAAAGAGAAAAGAAAAAAAAGCCUCCUCACACAUACCUCUUCACAGUGUGAUUUGCAGGCUUGUUUUUAGCUACAGAAAGGCUCCAAGUUUUCCUCAGCAACUGGAUUUUCUAUUUAUUGAAGCUACUUGUAGUUGCAGCAUGUACAGAAACGAGUAGCUGAUGUUUCGUGCGAGGUGUCUUGACUUAGAUCUUCAUCCAGUAUAAAGCCAAGGCUUUUUCUCAAUGCUCUUCAUUUUAUUCAUUGAAGUAUAUGUUGUAGUGACUGAGAACGUAUGCUGCUGUUAGCAAGAGUAGCCACGCUCUCGCCAAGAGGAUGUGAGCAUUACUUACUCAUUGCUCCAUCACGUUCCAUGAGAAAUUUCAAAGGUACUAGGGGUGGUAGUGAUACUGGAAUUAGUGAAACAGGGCUAGCCUCCCUCCCAGCUUCCCUUCCACUCUUAAUUCCCCUUCUCCACAACUGGAGUUGUACAUGCACAUCAGGGGUGGGAGUGAUUAGACCCAAUGAUUUUAAGACAUAGAGCUUGUAAAUAUCUUUUAAUAUACAUUUUUAAAGUCAUUUUAUGUUGCAAAUUUACAUGGUAUGUGGUUUGCCACAAAGCAAGAACCUUUUAUUGCAAUGUUAUAAAAAAGUUUGUUUUAUUAAGAAGUAAAUAUAUUCUUGCAGUGUUUUGUGGCCUGUUUAAAGGCUUUUGUUUAGUAGUGCAGUGAAUGUAAAAUAGAGUAAAAUGGUAAAAAGUGUCUUGCCCUUUGUAUGAAGUGCAUCAGCUCUACAAACACAAGUCUGGUGACAAAAGGUGAGAAGUAGGGAGUCAGUAAACAAUGUUCCUUUACUUUCUGAUGUAUAAGUACAUACCAAAGGGGUUUCACAUUGGCCAUAUUUUGACAAUUGAACCACUUCCAGACCACACUGAGCUCAGUUAAGUGACCUUUUUAAUACACUGCUUUUGCUUGCCUCAAAAUUGAGCAGUUGUAUUUUAGGUGCUCUUGCUCAGACAAGCUGAGCUCCCCUUGACCCUGUCAACCCAUUAGCAAAAGCACUGUGAGGUUACCCAUUAGGUUGGACUCUGCCCCUCCACGCCCCUUCCCAGGAAACUUUUAUUGUCUGUACGGGCACAUCGAAAGCACACCCAGACCUCAGCCCCAAGGUCCUGCCCUUGUGUAGGGCAAGAGAGGAGGAGGUCUGGGCAAAGCCUGAGGGGUAAGCCCCCAGCCAGAGUCCAGCACUGCCUCCUCCAGUCCUCCAGUCUAAGGUCUUACAUGGCUCAACACUAAACGCCAGCGUGGGUCCUUGGGCCACGCACAAACAGCCCUGGGGCCAGGAAAAGGCAGCCCAGUGGUCUGGGCCUCUGCUGGCCCACUCCCAGCCCCACGCCAUGGCUGACCCCCAGAGGAGACAGGAAGGGUGAUGGCUCCCUUCCCACUAAUCCUCCCCCUGCCAACAGGACAAGGGACCUGCUGCUCACAGAGAUGGCAGGAAGAGAAAGGAGCCAAUGAGGGAAAACCGUGAGGUGUCCCCAGCCAACAGUGGGUGCGGCCCAUGCCAGGGUAGUAGCAGGCAGCACCCAGGAUGGAGGCAGGACCCAGGCAUGCAGGCAGCCAGGUCAUGCUGAGCCUCCUGCCCAUGCCUGUCUUGACAUUUACUUCUAAACCAUUUCAUGUACACUACUACUGAGGUAAGUCUAAUAACUUGAAAUGUGAACAUCUUUAGGUUAAGAACAAACUAUUCUAAGAAAAAAAAAAGUAUAUGUAAAAAAAAAAAACAAAGCUAGUGUGCCUUAUUCUCAAAAGAGCUGAUAUUUUAGAUAUUUUAUUGUAUCUCUCUUCUCUGUAUUGUCAGAAGCCUCUGAGUUUAUUUAGUUCUUGCUCCAUUUAUGGUACAUUUCUAGGAUGUAGUGAAUAAAGCAUUCUUUAAAAACA